AUCACCAUCCCAUAAUAGUUGUCUCUCAUAAUCCAUCCCAUAAUAGUUUCCGCCUCGCUAGUUCGCUGUCCCUCAGUUGGAACAUUACCAGCAAAUAGUUGCCAGAAUAGUUGUUCUUUUCACCUCAGUGGAGCACUAUCUUAUCGGGACAGUCAUGUUUGUGUAUCAUCGAUAUUUAUGCGUCCAUGAAACUGAAAACACCAUCAGCCAUGUCCUCCGUCAGCAGCUCAAACACAGUUUUUGCCUUGGAGCUGUUCCGCACUCUGAGCCAAGCAAACCCUGCUGGGAACAUCUUUGUCUCUCCUCUGAGCAUCAGCUCAGCCCUGGCCAUGGUCUACCUGGGAGCCAAAGGCGACACCGCUGCUCAGAUGGCAAAGGUCCUCUCAUUCAGCUCAGGUGAAGGCGUCCAUGCAGACCUGCAGAAACUGAACGCUGACAUCAACUCACCAUCUGCAUCAUACAUCCUGAAACUAGCCAACCGUCUUUAUGGAGAAAACACUGCCCACUUCCUCCCAACUUUCCUUGAAGCCACACAGAAGUACUACCAGGCAGACCUGAAGGCUGUGGACUUCAUCGGAGCUCCAGAGGCGUGCAGAGCAGAGAUCAACAGCUGGGUGGAGCAGCAGACAGAAAAUAAGAUAAAAGAGCUUCUGAAGCCAGGAACAGUCAGCUCAGAGACCAAACUGGCUCUGGUCAAUGCCUUCCUGCCCUCGUCAUUAGCUCCGUGCAGCCUGACGCCGCUAACGGAAGCAUUCACCCGGGCCUGUCCUACGCAGCAGGGUUUUGGCUUAUCCAGGAAAACACCAUCAGCCAUGUCCUCCGUCAGCAGCUCAAACACAGUUUUUGCCUUGGAGCUGUUCCGCACUCUGAGCCAAGCAAACCCUGCUGGGAACAUCUUUGUCUCUCCUCUGAGCAUCAGCUCAGCCCUGGCCAUGGUCUACCUGGGAGCCAAAGGCGACACCGCUGCUCAGAUGGCAAAGGUCCUCUCAUUCAGCUCAGGUGAAGGCGUCCAUGCAGACCUGCAGAAACUGAACGCUGACAUCAACUCACCAUCUGCAUCAUACAUCCUGAAACUAGCCAACCGUCUUUAUGGAGAAAACACUGCCCACUUCCUCCCAACUUUCCUUGAAGCCGCACAGAAGUACUACCAGGCAGACCUGAAGGCUGUGGACUUCAUCGGAGCUCCAGAGGCGUGCAGAGCAGAGAUCAACAGCUGGGUGGAGCAGCAGACAGAAAAUAAGAUAAAAGAGCUUCUGAAGCCAGGAACAGUCAGCUCAGAGACCAAACUGGCUCUGGUCAAUGCCAUCUACUUCAAGGGAAACUGGAAGAGUCCCUUUGAUAAGGCAGACACCAAAGAGAUGCCCUUCAAAGUCAAACAGAAUAUGACCGUACCAGUCCAGAUGAUGUACCAGAUGGAGACGCUGCCCUACAACCACAUUCGUGACCAUGGUCUGCAGAUCCUGGAGCUGCCGUAUGUGGAUGAGGAGCUCAGCAUGUUCAUUCUGCUGCCUGACGAGUCCUCAGACGGCUCAGAUGCUCUGCUGAAGCUGGAGAAUGAGCUAACACAAGAGAGGCUGGACGAAUGGACCAACAGGAACAACAUGGACGUUGAGUCAGAAGUUUUCCUUCACCUGCCAAAGUUCAAGCUGGAGGAAGACUACGAGCUGAACGAGCCUCUCACUCAACUGGGCAUGAAGGACGUGUUCUGUGGAGGAAGAGCUGACCUGUCUGGCAUGAACGGUGAAGGGGGACUCUUCCUGUCUACGGUGGCCCACAAGGCCUUUGUGGAGGUGAACGAGGAGGGCACAGAAGCUGCUGCAGCCACAGGUGGCAUUGUGAUGCUUUGUUCCAUGCCGAGAUUGGUGCAAUUCACAGCAGAUCACCCCUUCCUCUUCUUCAUCAGGCACAAUCAGACCAAGUCCAUCCUGUUCCUUGGCAGAUUCUCAUCUCCUCAGUAAACAGAAGCACCAGAAGAAGAUCGUGGACCAGUUCAAAUAAAAUGUCUUUGAAACAAUAUAAAUGAAA